AUGGCAGCUGAAAGUAGUAACUUUGUUCAACCUGCAAUUCCUAAGUUCGAUGGCCAUUAUGAUCAUUUGUCUAUGCUUAUGGAAAAUUUUCUUCGUUCAAAGGAGUAUUGGAGCCUGGUCGAGAAUGGAAUCCCUGCUGCAGCAGAAGGAAUAGAGCCUAUUGAAGCUCAACAGAAGGCAAUUGCAGAUCACAAGCUGAAAGACUUGAAGGUCAAGAAUUAUCUGUUCCAAGCCAUAGAUCGAAACAUUAUGGAGACCAUCCUCAAUAAAGAGACUGGUAAGCAUAUCUGGGACUCUAUGAAGCAGAAGUACCAAGGUUCCACAAGAGUCAAAAGGGCACAACUUCAAGCACUUCGAAGGGAGUUUGAGGUUCUGCAGAUGAAAGAGGGUGAAAGUGUUGAUGAGUAUUUUGCUCGAACACUCACCAUAGCAAACAAGAUGAAGAUUCAUGGUGAAAGCAUGAAGCAAGUGGUGAUCAUUGAAAAGAUCCUGAGAUCAAUGACUUCAAGGUUUGACUAUGUUGUGUGUUCAGUUGAAGAGUCUAAUGAUUUAGACACUUUAACCAUUGAUGAGUUGCAGAGUAGCUUGUUGGUUCAUGAGCAGAGGAUGAAUGGGCAUGGAAGAGAUGAGCAGGCAUUGAAGGUGUAG